AGUCACCUCCUCACAUACUGAAACAUACUCGAAUCGCGUGAAACAUCAACAAAUUCCCACCCGAUCUAUGCAUAAGCGAGCCUUCACAUAUUGCUCGGACUUUAAUACGAAAUUCUACGAGUCCAGGAGUGGGAAGAUAAAACCAAUUGGCUCAUUCCUACAGCAACCAGACAUGCCUCAACGGACAAGCCACAGCAAUGGCUCAAUGGUAGGUGAGGGGAUGUCACCACAGGACAAGCACAAGGUUCGCGGAAUGGCCCGGCAGAUGUUGACUCAAACCGAUCUGGAGAAUCUACAAUGGCCACAGAAGAAAUAUCCAAAUCAGCAGCAGAUGCACUAUAUCAAGGAGCAGGAUCGAGUGUGCUCGCAGAGACCCGGAAUUGGCUUGCAGCGUGGCUAUCAGCAAGGCGAAUAUCAUUCACAACAGCAGCAACAGAACUUUAACCAGAACCCUGGCAUGCAGCAGCAGACGUAUCAGAAUCAUCAACAGCAGCAGCAGCCACAGUACUUGGAUCAGAAAUACCAGUGUCCUCCCAUGGUGCAGCAGCAGCCACAUCCGCAGUAUCUUCAGACUUCGUAUCAGAAUCAUCCUCAAGAGCAAUCGCAGCAUUAUCACAGCCAGAUGAAAGCAUCUCCAGUCAGAGCUGGCACAAAUGAGUACUCCCACGCAGCCUUUGGCCAACCUUCGGCGGAGGAGAACUUCGAAGAUAAUUUCAGUGGAUCUGAUGAGAACACAUCGUACAACAAGUAUCUGCAAUUUAUGCCUGAACAUAAUUCGUAUCGGACUCAACCCAAGCAGCAAUAUGGACAAGAUUUGUAUCACAAUUCGCCUCAGCGUUGUACCACAACUAAAGACCUCUCAGUGCAGCGAACUCAUCAGCACAACCUGCCCCUGUCCUAUAAUAACAUAACCGACAUGGGUAUCGAUGAAUUUAUUAGGGAAGUAGAAAGAAAUACGACAGGCGAGCACAUGGAAUAUGCCACCAAAGGGCCGAACUCUCGUCCAGAGUCAUGUGAAAAUUUUCUGAAUGAGUUCGGGAGGCCUGCAAAACAGCAGCCCGAACCUAUGCCUCAAACAUAUUCCUCGAAUACGUCUCAAAAGCAGACUCAACGUAGUCCAAGCCAAUACAGUGUUCCCCGUGUGCAGGAGGGUUGGGCCCGAGAGAAUGCUGGGGAGCUUCAAGCUGAGCGCGCAGCGGAGAAGAAUUUCGAAGCAGAACCUCCCUCCGGUUCAGGCUGCCACAUGGUCAACAAAAAGUUUUGCAAUAAGUGCAUGUUGUCUAGUGGCGAGAGCAGCUCCGCGGCAUCGACUGUGAUCAGUGUGAAGAGCGGCGACGAUCUGCGAUCCAUGGUACGGGACGAGUUGCGUUGCUUGGCCCGCGACAGGAUUGAAUUGCAAUCGGUGUAUGGAAAACUGCCUGAGAGUGUGGUGUGGCAGGUGAAGGAAUAUUUAUGCGGAAGGUCAAAAGCUGUUGAAGAGAAGAAUGCGGCCAAAGAUAAUGCCAUGGAUAUCAAGCAGCAGGAGUCAUAUCAAAGCCAGAAUAAAGCAUUGACAAUCAAAGGCAUUUCCAAAGCUAAAGAAGUCCACAAAACCAUGGAGUAUGCCCCCCUGCAUACAUCGAACCAGGCACAGUAUCAGGAGCAGCCACAGGAGCCGCAUCGGCAGCAUUCGCAUCUUCACUUCCAGCUGGAGGUACAAAAGAAUCCUCAGCAGAAGCAAACAUUUUCGCAGAGCGCAGCCUUUACUCAGUUCUCCCGCUUGAGCGAUGCGAACGAGAAUGAUUCCUAUGAUUCGGCCAGAGAUAAUGCCCAGAAUGUCAAGCAGCAGCAGUUAAGUCAAAGCCAGAAUAAAGCAUCGCCUAGCAAAGGCUCAACGUGUUUCCCGUGUUGUCCAACGCACAAGUUUAUGGAUUAUGCGCCUCAACAGGAUACGACACUGAGUCGUACUCGACAAACGUAUCAGGAGCAGCCACAGCCACUGCAACAUUCCCCUCCUAACUUGCAGUUGGAAUCACAAACAAAUUCGCCUGAAGAUAAUUCUGAUCAAUAUAUUUUUAAAGACGCUAAGAAGCCAACCCCAACCCGCAAGUGCAUGGAUUGCGAACAAGGGAAAGGCUGCCAAAAGGACAAAUACAAACCAAAACAGGAGCUAUCCGUUGACGAGCAGGAUAGAUGUUCCACGGCCAGUGGCAUCACUAUAUCGACUACGAUCAGUGCAAAGACCGGCGAGGAGCUGCGGUCCAUGGUCCGAGACGAGUUGGAACUGCUAUCGGUGCGCGGUGAACAAGCCUCGAGGUGCAAUCAACUCUCAGCAACUGUUAGUGCCACUCCAAUCAAGAGCCUGGGAGAGCCUGUCUCCACACGUUCAGUCUCUAGUUCGCGCACAGAUGACACCCAAACAGGGCCCAAACAGAAUUUAGCCAUAGUUAAUGCGCCUCUUAGCAAGGAUAAGGAGUCCACCACGGAUUCAUCUAUGGGUUCGACAACAGGCCAAAACCAUAGCAUGAAGUGCUGUGUGAGCGUAGAUGAUUUAGUCAACUGCAAAGUCAUCACGCCCAUGAUCAUGAAGAUACACAACAAGUAUAUGACCCUCAUGCAGGAUGAGAUGCAUCUGAUGCAGUAUCUGGAGAAGGUGCCACACCUUGUCGGUCAGAUUUACAAGGACAACGUCGAAAAGGACCAGAGGAGAGCCUAA